AUGCUGGCGCGCUGCAGGGACGCCGUCAGGUGUUCUUUUCCCAAGUGUGGCAAUUUAAACAUUCCAGGGAUGGAGAAGCCUGAGUCCUCCACCGGGGAUGGGGACAGCAACACCGAACUCGAGGACAGGGACCCUAAUAACCUGAACAAGCACCUGCAGGUGAUGUGGGAUGACGUGAUCGGGGAACCGGAAGGAAUACGGAGCCCAGAGUGCGCGUGGCGGCUGAGCGGCCACUGCUUCCGGUUGUCCAGGGGCUGCUGCUACGUGUUCCUCUCCGUCCUCGUCGCACCUUUGCUCGCCCUUUGCUUCGGUUUCACGUUCGCCUGCCUCGCGUUUCAGCAUAUAUGGUGCCUGGCGCCGUGUCUCCGCGUUUGGAAGAUCACCUGUGCAGCGUCGAGGAACUUCCUGACAGCCGUCACGCAGGCCUUCGUGCGACCAGUGAUGGAUUCAUUGGGCUACCUGUUUCACAACAUCCGAGUCUUUAAUCAGAAGCUGCCCGAUGGUCCGGCGCCGAAAGACGAUACCCUGGUGGUCUAA